CCUGCUGCACCGCUUUCUGUAUCCAGAGACGUGCCUUUGUGUACCAGGACGUCGCGAUUCUUAUGGCCUCGUAGCAACCGCAAGACCUGCUGUUAGCUCGGGAACCGGGCAGCCGCUGUUCGCUCAUCGCAGCUCGUCUCCAGAAUGCGUCCGGGACUGGCGGGUAUCGCGGCGGAGAUGCUGAGCGGUGUCAACGGCAGGGCCAGGCCGAGGCUCGGCAGCCUCCUGCUGGCCCCGGCCACCAAAACACUGCCGCCGCUGUCAGCCGCCGCUGAGAACCGCAGAUUUCGCUCCACGUCCUCGAUGCAGGGCAUCUCGGAGCUGGCCCGGGAGCGGUCCAAGACUGUCACGUCCUUUUACAACCAGUCCGCCAUCGAUGUUUCCGCGGAGAAGGCCUCAGUGCGACUGACCUUAGCAACCCUGCUGUAUUCUGGGAAGUCUCCGGACGGACACCACAUCUUGAGCAGUGCCAAGUAUCUUCACAAGGAGCUACCUGUGCGGAUCGCCCAUCGCAUCAAGGGCUUCCGUAGUUUGCCCUUCAUCAUCGGCUGCAACCCAACCAUCCUGCAAGUGCAUGAACUGUACAUCAGAGCCUACCACAUGCUCAGUGACUUUCCACAGAUCAAGGAUCAGGAAAUGGAGGCUCGUUUCUGUAAACUGGUGCAGCAGCUGCUGGACGACCACAAAGACGUGGUGACCAGGCUGGCUCAGGGCUUCAGGGAAUGCCGCCGACACAUCCAGGAUGAAACGAUCAUCCGCAACUUCUUGGAUACGACACUGUGCUCUCGUCUGGGAAUCCGGAUGCUGGCCACGCACCACCUCGCCCUCCACGAAGAAAACGGUGAUUUCGUCGGGAUCAUUUGCAGACGCCUCUCUCCCAAAAAGAUCAUAGAGAAGUGGGUGGACUUUGCCAGACGUCUGUGUGAGCACCAGUACGGUAAUUCUCCCAGGGUGAGGAUCAACGGGCACGUCGCAGCUCGCUUCCCCUUCAUCCUGCUGCCUCUGGAUUACAUCCUGCCGGAGCUCCUGAAGAACGCCAUGAGGGCCACCAUGGAAAGCCACCUGGACACCCCAUACAACGUGCCCGACGUGGUCGUCACCAUUGCCAAUAAUGACAUUGAUUUUGUCAUCAGGAUUUCUGACCGUGGCGGCGGCAUCCCACACAACAUAAUAGACAAGGUGAUGGACUACCACUUCAGCACGGCUGAGGAGAGCGCCCAGGACCCCCGCAUGAGCAACCUCUUCGACAGCAUCACCAACAGUGGGAACCAGUCAAACCCGAUGCACGGGUUUGGUUUCGGCCUGCCCACGUCUCGGGCCUACGCCGAGUACCUGGGCGGCUCUCUGUCCAUUCAGUCCAUGCAGGGCAUCGGCACCGACGUCUACCUUCGUCUGCGCCACAUCGACGGCAAAGGAGAGAGCUUCAGAGUGUAAAACUGCUUGACGAUUACCCCCGUAGAUCCCGACGUAGGAUUCAGGCUUCCCGGGAGUGCCGAGGGUUUCCCACCACGGAGGCCGACGAGUACAACGUCGGCCUUCACAGUGCCGAGUAAGAAAGCUCCCAAACCCACCAACCCACUACUCGUUCUUUUGUUUUUGUUUUGCCUUAGACUGAUUAUAAGCUAUGUUAGCUCUCCAGUUGACGAUUUCAGUUGUUUCCCUUCGUGUUUUGUACCCUGUGGCAUGUCGUCUUGAAGUUUUUAGAGGCCGUAUGAACUUUUCGAAUGUUUGGGUUAUCGGGACAAACUGUGCAUGAUGGUGGACAUUGAUGAUGAUGAUGAUGAUGAUGAUGAGAGGAAGGAGGAGGAAGAGGAGCUUCAGUUUUAAAGAAGUUCACCUUGAAGUUACCGCUUGCAUAGCCUCAAUGUAGACGUUUUAAAGAUUAAUGUUUCAACCGAAACUUCCGAGACACUCCAGCAGCCCUGUCCCUGACGAUCGGGUUUAAAUUUCCUCCUCUGAUCGGCUGUUUGAGGACAGUUUUAGCUUAGAGACAAACCGUUAUUCCUACGAAACCUCCUUUGAAGGAAACUGCCAAAACACCAAAUGCUCAUUAACGGAUUUUUCUUUGAGAACAUCUCCGCUCAGUGUUUUUUCGUGGAGCUUUUGGGCGGGGAGGCCAACCGAGAUAUUCAGCUGCCUUACUGUGUGACACUAGUCCUUCUACUGCAUGCCGGCUUUUCUUUUCUUUUUCUACUCUUCUUGUUCUUCUCUUUAUUUCGUUGCCUUUACUGCUUCUCACGGGUGCACAACACGUCAGCCAGCCUCGUUAUUUCAAUGUCUUUUUGCACAAUAAAUAGAUUUUCAGGCGCCGAUCACAGCAGUUUUUAUCACUUUACCGUAACCAUAACAACAUACCAGAGAAGUAUUGUCUGACGUUGUCUUUUCUGUUUUAUUUCACUUCUUUUUUUUUUUUUAAAGAAAAUGUGUCAGUUGUAUUUCAAGUUUUAGUUUUUUUUUUAUGAGAACACAUUUCAGGAUGAGUCAACAACAGGGUUUCUGAGCUGUAAACUCAGAUCGACCGAGGUUUUAGGUCAGUUUUGUGCAGAUCACAGCUUGAUUACGUUGUUAUCUUGAAACGGCAAACAGCUUUACAUCUUGUGCUUUGGUUUAUUUUUUAUUUCAUGCCCUUUUCCUGUAAAUUUAGAGUAAAUCUGUGAAAGCAAAAGUCCUAAUGCUGGCCUGUGUCAUCUCACCUCGAUGCAUUUAUGGUAUUUAUCCGGUUUUAACAUUUCUUAGCUGGUUUUAACUGUCUGGAAUUAAAAUUACAGCUAUGAACAGCAUCAUUUUGACGAGUCGUAAUUCACACCUUGACUGGUUUUAAUUCCAGAUAUCAAAAACGUCAUUAUGCACAGUAAAAACAGUUGGAGAGAAAAUAAUUCAGUUUUCAAAAGUUAGUCAAUAGCUGCAGACAUCUAAAACUGUGUAAAUUAGUUUUGACUUUUCAAAAUAAAAGCUUCAGAUAUCUAAAAUGUCAUUAAGACUAUUCUGAGUUGUUGUAGGUGUUAGCAGAAGCUAGGACGAAGGUUGUGGUGGAUGAAGUUGCUUGAAAAUGUCGUAAAAUAUGACGAGAUCAUGAGUGACGACUUUGUGGAGAACAAGAGCUUCGUUUAUUAGAGGUUCGUUGUCGAAAUUUGCGGCAUUUCGUCCACAUUCUUCUCCGUGACAACAUGCUCGGAAAGCGGAUUUCCUGUUCUUUUUUUUGGGUUUCCAGCCCGGUUGUUAUGUUGUAAUACGUCUGAAAAGCAAACUACCUCCGAUUUGCCAUAGCUUCUGAUCUAACUAUGGACAUCUGAGUCAAAACUCUAAAUCAAGAUAUGUUUAAUUACAUCUCGACUGGGCAGAAAUCCACUUCGAGAUGUCUACAAACUUAAUUUAAGAUAAUUUAUAAGGAACAAUGUAAACAUUGAGAAUUAAAGAGUUAAUAAAUUAGAAUUAGUUGUAUUUUAGAUGCAAAUAAAUGUAAUUCAUAGACAACAGAGAUGAGAAACCCCACAUAUAAUGGUAAAAAUGAUGCUAAAAUGACCAUUGUUGAUGCCUGAAAUGUUCUUUUUUUACUAGAAGGAAAUGAAUUACUACAUCUGCAACACAAAUCCAGUGUAGCUUCAGUAUUAAAUAGUAAAAGGGCUCACCAUAUGUGUUCUAAACAUGAGGAUAAAACUUGUUUGUACACGUGAAAAUAGAUUAUUUUGGCGUUUUUAUACCAAAAAACUGACAUAAUCAAGCUGUGAUCUAAAUGUAUGUGCAAGAAAAUGGCUCCCAAACCUCCGUCGCUCUGAGUUUCUGGCGAAAAAAAUCAAAUAUUAAUACAUUAUAGAAGAAGAAAAAACCUUAAAGACGAGUCAGGAGGUUCAUAAAUUAGCGUCUUCACCGUUAGCACUCCUCAACAUUCCCCAGCUGUCAAGCAACAGAUCAACCGUUGAACCGUUUUAUCCGGCAGCAUGUUUUUGUGUUAUAUAUUCUUCUUCUUUUUUUAAUCUGAAGGGGCAUUAGGAGUCUGAGCUGUUAAUAACAAAAACUUCAAACUAUCACGAGUGGAAAACAGUUUCAUUUUUUGUUUCUGGAGUUGAACAUGAUGUUUUUAUAGACUACCUAUUGGGAUGAUUGGAUUGUUUUAUGUAAAUGAAUCACAUAAGAUCCUAAAAUCUCACAGAUUGAAGUCACAUGUUUCAUUUUGUCCACUUGGUUUACAUACAGAUGAGAUUUCAGCUCAUGUUAUUUUGUUGUUGUGAGAACCUAACAACAUAAUCUGAUUUAGUUUGGUCCAUAUUUAUGUUCCGUUGUUUGAAUUAGCGUGUUUUUCGUAGCUUCGAAGGUCUUGGAAGUUUUAGAACGUACGUAACUUUGUCUAGACUAAACACCACGUAGCACGGUUUAAAAUUCCAGCCUUCUUUUUUUUUAUUCCAAAAUGUUGAAGGUGGUUUGUACGCUUCCAGUUUAUCGAGCAUAAACUGUGCACCGUGCGCCCCCUGCUGGUCGAAACAAAUGAAGGCAGAAUGGAAAAUAAUGUAUGUGAAAAUAUCAAGUGAAGCGUUUGUUUUUUUUUUUUAAAGAAGAAAAUAUUUCCCCUUUCUAGGUUUCUAGUUUUUCUAUUUUUUCUUUUUUGCAGCUCAUCAAGAAAAAGUGAUGAUAAUAAGAAUUCAAAACAAACCAAGGACCUCCAGCGUAAAGCAGAAUGUUGUUACUGACUAAAUGUGGAGUGUUUUGUCUCCUCAACUGAAACUAGUUUCUCCCACGUAUUUUUCUGUUGUGUUCAGGACUCUGUAGAUAUUAAAAUCUCAUUUGGUUGGAA